UCAUAAUUUUGAAAUAAAUAACUUUUAUUCAGCAAGGAUGCACUGCAUGAAUCAAAAGUGAUGCAUUUAUAAUGUGAAAAGAUUUCUAAUUUUAAGAAAUGCUGUCCUUUUAUGCUUUCUAGUCAUCAAAGAAUGUUAUGAUAAUACCCACUACAUAGUCUUCAUCACAGCGGUUGUAUGAACUACAUCCCGUGUGCCUUACACGUAAUAUGUAGUAUAAAUCUAGUAUAAUACAAACUUAGGAUGCAUUACAUCUAGCUAAAUAUAGGCCUGUUUAUAACAUAACUGAGGUUAUGCACACUAUGUAGUAUCCUACAGUUUAGCAAGAGAACUUAAAAGUGUAUAAGAUCACUAAUUAAAAUGUUUUGCAUUUGUAUUUUCACAGUUUUGGACAGUGGGCUCUUUUCACAGUUAUAUCUAGCAAAAGUAGUUUUUAUGUACCCUUUUAACACUAUAUUCUGUGUUUUAUUACUUUGGCAUUACAUUUCAGAAAAAUAGUUAAAGCUGCUUGUGGGUAUUUCUUACAGCUGGGCGAGUGACGGCAACUUUGACAUCUUUUGUCAAUCUUUCUAUAAUUUUUUUCCUCAGAAACGCUGGGUUUUUCUUUAAAUUGCAUACACCACUUCAGGACCAAACUAUAGGCUAUCGACUUCUGCUUCUAAGAACCCCGGAAACGUGAAGGGGUCCAUUGUUUUUCUUUUAACUGGCCAAGAUUGUAUUUUUGUAGUCUUCACCAGAUUUGACUGCAGGUCAUCUCGUGGGUUAUCUAACCAGCAUCUCUGAGCUCAUGGAGAGACAGAAUCACCACAUGACCGAGCCCACAGUAUGACCCCUGGGCCUAAAGACGUUUGUCAAAUCCACAGACCGUCUUAAUCCUGUUGAUGGAUUAGAGCGUUGUUCUGAUCCUGUGCCGGUGAGACGAGCCGACGUAGGUUCAUUCACUCGACCAAUCAGAGAACGAGCAUCAGUCGGUUAAUGCCGAUGUGUACGUGUACUUGUGUGAGUUCUGUCUCAAACUCUCAUCCAUUCAAGCUCAGCACACCAGAGAGGAGGACAACACUUGGACAGUCACCCUGAACCUUCCAAAAAACAUUUCAUUCACAUACUAAUUCAAUCAUCUUCCAGCAUGUUCUCCCAAUAUAAAAUCUUGUCGUUGAUGAACUGCCUGUUACUCCUGACGAUGAUGUUUCCUGCGGUCCAGUCGCGUCGGGGCGGGGGCUUCGGGCGUGGAGGAGGCCGAGGUGGAGGAUGGGGUGGCAGCAGCUCUGGUCGCGCAGGCUGGGGAGGAGGCGGUGGACAUUACCGUGCCCCACCAGCUCACACCGGAGGCUCCUCGGGACACAGCACUGGCAAGGUAGCAGGGGCGGCCGCCGCCGGAGCUCUAGGGGGAAUGCUGGUCGGACAUGGCUUGAGCUCCUUGGCCCGACCUGGAUAUGGGUACGGGCACGGGUAUGGAGGAUACGGAGGCUAUGGUGCGGGAUAUGGUCAUGGCCAUGGGUACGGACACGGUCACGGACACGGGCAUGGACAUGGACACGAAGGACACAAUGAGACAGAUGUGGAAUAUUACACAGAUGCUGCCAGUUCUGGACCCAUUUAUAGCUGUCUGACAGUUUUUGGACUCGUGAUGUCAUUCUUAUUUGGGUACUUUCUGUCAUAAGGGCCACUUGGCAUGGGUCAAUCUUGGGCACCUUCUUGCAUCUGUCACUUCUUUCAAUACAAAAAUAAUCCAACAAAAUAAAAAUAUGGAACAUGGACUAAAUGCAAUUUAGCAACUCUGUGCAUGAUCUCUGCCCAAGUUUUGUGUUAAAUUGACAGCAGAAAACAAGGUUGCAUUUGCUUCACUGGCGACUGUUUCCGAAGUUUUUUUGUUUCCGAAGCGAGAGUUAAGCACAUGCCUCAGAAGCCUGUAGAUUUUGUUUUCCAGAUUAAUGAUUUUUUUUUAUAAAUUAAUAAUGUAGUUUUUUCAUGAUUAGUUGAUAUGAAUAAUGGAAUUUAUUUUCCUUGAUACUUAUGCAAACAUGCAUUGAUUGUACUCUACUGAGCCAUUUCAACCUUCUCAAUGAUUUAAUCUGUUUGUUCCUGCCAUUUACGUCAGCGAACAUUGAAAAUAAAACAAGGCUUAUGGUAAAAUCACAUUAAACCAUAAUAAGCUUGACGAAGUGUGUCGAGACAAGAGCAAAUCUUGUUAAAGGGCUCGGGCACCCUCUACUUCACUUCCCCGAGCUCUUUAACAAGCAGCUGAUUGUCUUAAACCAUUAAGAUUCAAUCGCUUUCGCUUGUACACCUUCCUAGAUUUGUUUAUCAGUAUGUACGUUUAUUUUUGUACUGCUAAUUAAUAAAAACACUUCAUAAAAUA